AUGUCAAGCCACACAGCCGGCGCCACAGCCUCCAGCGACUCUACUACUGCUCCCAGUGGCAUCGCCGACGACCAGACCAUAUACAAACUGACCUUCUACGUGCCGCCGGAGAACACACACGCAUGCCUUUCAGCGCUCUGGGCCACCGGGGCAGGGACAUGGCCUAAUGGGCCUGAGUUCCCCUCCUCCUCCUCCGCUUCUGGAGGUGAGCCUAUUGAGCCUGCGAAGUACACGGACACAGCCUUCAUCAGUCGAGGGACGGGGCAGUUCAAGCCCUCAGCCGCGGCGAACCCGCACAUCGGCACGCCCGGGAAGGUCGAGUACGUCGAGGAAGAGAGGGUCGAGAUGGUGGUCGUGGGCACGCAGAGGUGUAAGGAUGCCGUGCGUGAACUGAGACGCGCCCAUCCGUACGAGGUCGUCGCUUUGUUCGUGGUCAAGUGUGAGGAUUUCUGA